AUGGCAUCCGUCGUUUCUUCGUCGGCCGUCAAUGCUCAGGGUCAAAAUGCUCGCCAGUCAGCGCGCCAGACACGUACGAACCCAUCCAGAACGUCCAAGACGCUGGGACGGUCGUCAUUUGCCUACGGUCACGGCUCAAUGAUCGAAGCGCCCCCUACGCCUCCUGCCCCUCACGGAUUCUAUCCCGCCCUCACUCAUUUCACCGACGCCAUUACCGCUCUCCCGCGAGAAUUUCGCCGUCACAAUUCGUUGCUGAAGGAAGUGGAUGCAAAGGCUUGGGCGCUUGAGGAUAAUCUUCUCCAACUGUUGAAGGUUUCUUCGGAGUCGCAGCCUGUUCCUUGUCCGUUGAAUCCAGCGCCUAUUGUCGACGGGGUGGUUCGGGAUGAUGUUGUGCCAGCGGAUCCCUCGCAGCCUCCUGAAUCACAAGACAGCAAAAGCCGCCGUCUUCUUUUCGAUCGUGUGCGGCGCACCCUAGUGGAUCUGAUGAUGACCGCGGACGAAAAGAACCAUGUCAUUUCCAACGCCAAUGACGAAUUAGACCGGCAGCUUCUGCGCAUCGACGGCGUAUUCCCAUUCAUCGCAGGGGAGAUCAGUGAGGAGGCGCGCCUGGGCAGUCUUACGCACUGGGCCUACUCGAACAGGAACGCCGCCAAAACUACUACGAAUGAGCGUCCUCGACGGGAAGUCGCAUCCAACAAACAAGACCUGAACCAUGCGCUUGAAGCCGAAGCCGGAUCCCGUAGUGAUGCGAGACGGGAUGCCGCUCGCAAACAGCGGCGCACGCAUGCCGAUUCGGACUUUGACGAUGCUCGUGCAUCUGGUUCGCGGAAGGGGCAGGUUAGCAAGCCUCGUAGCGGUGCAGGUGCAGCUACUGGGGAUCUAUCUGCAGUCGGCCAUGGUGCACAAACUUCGGGUGCUUCGGGGGCUUCGGGUGCGACGAAACGCCGCAAGGUCGAAAGACCUCCAGCAGCCGAUACUGGCGCAGCGAUGGAAAGAUCCGCCAGCGGUGCUGGGAAUGCUUUGGGCCGUGGUGCAUCGAAGGAUGCGACAGCUUCAGAUGCCACCAAGAAGAGAUCUCGUGCUCCCAACACGAAUGCAACCGCUCGCAAGAGAAACAAUACCGGAACCUCUGCGGCAAAUUCUCCUGUCCUGGCACCUGCUCCUCUGGCCGGGGCGUCGAGUGCCGUGCGUAGCGCAGCCAGUCCUGGACCUGGAGCAGUCGCUCGGCCCCAGUCCUCUCGUGCUCAGCAGAGCUCUGGGCAGUCGACAAAUGGUCGCCAGCGGCCGUCCUCCUCGGCGUCCAAUCGCCUGGCAAGCAACAGCAAAAUCGUCGAUACCAAAACUCUACCUAAAGAAACUCCGAAAGCGGACAUGGUUGCAGCUGCACUUAAUUCAGAAUUGCAACGCCAAGCCGAGGAAGAGACUUCCGCCACAGCUGCAGCCAAGGCUGUCGGACCCGUGAGCAUGAAACGGGAAGAUACAGAGAUCCGUCCUGCUGAGUCGGUCGAACCUCGGGAGACGCCAGUACCUCAAGCUUCAAACACAGCUCCGAAGGGCCGGUCGUCGAAGACGUCCACGCCCGUGCUCUCCACUCUCUCAGAACCCAACUCCCAGCGCACCCGACCUACUCGCAACACAGACCCGGCGCCCGCGAAACGAUCACAUAAGAAGAGUGGCACUGUGGCUGUAGCCCAGCAGCGAGCGGCGUCUGAGGAGGAAGACUCGCUGCAUGAAGGGGACGACGAGGAUGAAGAUGGCGAGCCGCGGUACUGUUACUGCAACGAGAUCAGCUUCGGUGAGAUGGUUGCUUGUGACAACGAUGCGUGCCCGCGGGAAUGGUUCCACCUGUCGUGUGUUGGGUUGACCAAACCGCCGGGGAAGAAUGUCAAAUGGUACUGCAAUGAAUGCAAGGAGAAUAUGCGAAGAAGUCGGAAUGGGCGGUAA